AUGAUGAAGGAAUUGAAUACGGAUCUAUUCGAUCCGAGAAGUACGCUCAUGGACCCCGACUUCUCCCGGGACGCGACGCCGUCGGCCGAUGCCGAUGCCGACGACUUCGCCUUCGCCUUCAACGACAGUAACUUCUCCGACCGACUGCUUCGGAUCGAGAUCAUGGGUGACACACCCGAGUCCAGACCCGAUUCCGAGGCCUGUACUAGUAUCGCUGAUUGGGCCCGCCACCGGAAGCGGAGAAGAGAGGACAUCAAGAAGGAAAACAUUCCGGAUCUCGCUGAAUGCCCAGAGGAGCAAAUCUUGAAUGACAAUCAACCUGAUAUGGAUGAUUGUGAGGGUUGUGAAAAUCAAGAUGAGGAAGCAGUUGCAAUGGUUGAAGAAUCGCCUUCAGGGGAUGAAGCUGCAAACAGCAAUGAUUCAGACUGGGGAAUGGAUUGUUCUACAGUUGUAAGAGUUAAAACGUUGCACAUUAGCUCUCCAAUUUUGGCGGCCAAGAGUCCGUUUUUCUAUAAGCUCUUUUCAAAUGGGAUGAGGGAGUCUGAACAACGACAUGUAACCUUGCGGAUCAAUGCUUCUGAAGAAGCUGCCCUCAUGGAGCUCCUGAAUUUUAUGUACAGCAAUACCUUGUCCACCACCUCAGCUCCUGCUUUACUGGAUGUGCUGAUGGCUGCCGACAAAUUUGAGGUUGCUUCAUGCAUGAGGUAUUGCAGCCGGCUGUUGCGGAAUAUGCCCAUGACACCUGAGUCUGCAUUGCUUUAUCUAGAGCUUCCUUCCAGUGUCCUAAUGGCUGAAGCAGUCCAGGCGUUGACUGAUGCAGCAAAGCAGUACCUUGCUGCCCGUUACAAGGACAUAAGCAAGUUUAUAGAAGAGGUGAUGGCCUUACCCCUAGCUGGAAUAGAAGCAAUUGUAUCCAGUGAUGAACUCCAGGUUGCAUCUGAGGAUGCUGUAUAUGACUUUGUAUUGAAAUGGUCUAGGACUCACUACCCAAAACUGGAGGAACGGCGAGAAAUCUUGGGUAGUCGACUGGCACGCUACAUUCGCUUUCCUUACAUGACUUGUCGAAAGCUGAAAAAAGUUUUAACCUGUAAUGAUUUUGACCAUGAUGCCGCAUCCAAGCUAGUGCUUGAGGCUCUUUUCUUCAAGGCUGAGGCCCCACACCGGCAGCGAAUCCUGGCAGCAGAGGAGUCUGCUACCUUGAAUCGUCGCUUUGUGGAGAGGGCAUACAAGUAUCGCCCUGUUAAGGUGGUGGAAUUUGACCUUCCCAGGCAGCAGUGUGUGGUGUACCUGGACUUGAAGAGGGAGGAGUGCGCAAAUUUGUUCCCAUCCGGACGGGUGUAUUCUCAGGCAUUCCACUUGGGUGGGCAAGGGUUCUUCCUCUCUGCGCAUUGCAACAUGGACCAGCAAAGUUCUUUCCAUUGUUUUGGGCUGUUUUUGGGGAUGCAGGAAAAAGGGUCAGUGAGUUUUGCAGUGGACUAUGAAUUUGCGGCAAGAUCAAAGCCAACUGAGGAAUUUAUUAGCAAGUACAAAGGUAACUACACAUUUACUGGGGGAAAGGCAGUUGGCUACCGGAACUUAUUUGCCAUACCAUGGACUUCCUUCAUGGCUGAGGAUAGUCUUUACUUCAUAAACGGCGUGCUCCAUCUUAGAGCAGAGCUUACUAUCAGACACUGA